UUCCGUAACAUGUUGGAACAGACAAAGGCCGAGUGUGAGAAAGACAAAAUCAUUACAACUGACAGUCAGCACAGAGAAGAAAAGUUUGUUGCAUACGUAUUGCCUACAUUUUGUCAACGUGUAAGGGUCCCGCUGGUGUUUGAGCACAUGGCAUAUGACAGCUCAUACACAGUCCUCAUCGUUCCUCUGCAGAACAGCCUGUUUAGUCUUGAUGCUCUGCAUUGCUUCCUCUGGCUAAAGAGACAACGAGAUAUGGAAAGGGAAAAGGAUGCUCUGUUGGCUGGACUUCAGGUUCUGGAAAAGACACAGCAAUGGUACCAGAAUCGACUGCAGCUGAACUUACAAAGAGAAGUUAACUCAAGCACAGGAGAUCCGGAGAGAGAGGACCGGUUUUCGUGUGCUUUGCGGUCAUGUAUGCAGCGUGUACACGGGAGUCUGGGAACACUGAUGAGUGACACUUGUCUCUGGAGCAAUCCAGCCCCAGGGGAAGGUUCAGAUUGGGAUCUCCGCUGGACCAAUGCCACACUCGUCCAGGAGUUGAUUCAACAGAAUCUACAAAUUUCCAUGUUGGAGCUCGAGAAGGCUCAACUCCAGCGCCUGCUAUCCUCCAGCAAGUCUGUGUGAUGAUCAGAUACCUUCAACUUUAAGGAUCAUUCAGAUCAUGAAGUGUAUUUCUGCUUUUAAGAUUAGAAACCUAGAUUUAAAAACUAAUUGAAAAUCUUUUUGUCACUCUAUUGAUUUUUUUGGCUGGACUGUCCUGUGGAUCACUUGGUAGAGUUUUGCGUUAGCAAUGCAAAGGUUACGGGUUUGAUUCAGUUACCACAGACUAUAAGUUACUUUGAAUGAAAGCAUCUGCUAAAAAAUAAUGGUUAAACUCUGACUUUUGCCCCAAUUUGCUGUUAGGUUCUGCCAAUAAAAUGUUUUGGGUGUGCCAAUCUGAAGAUUUUAGGCAGCUGAAGUUACCAAAAUAUUGUUGUACAUAAAAGUUUAAGGAGUCAUUUUAAUUGUCUUUAGACCCAACACUCACUUCUAAAUGAACAUACAAAUGUGUAAAAUAUUUAACUGCACAACAGCAGCACAAAAGCCUGCAUUAUCGUAUGAUACAGUGCAUGUAGUUUGGUGCUAACACUGAAUACAAAAUUUUUGCAAAUUUGUUUUCAGAUUUGCUUUUAUCAUCUGAAGGAUUUUUUAAGAAAUCAAAAAUUGUUUCAUCACUUUGCUAUAGUUAGCUGAGUAAAUACUCGCUUGUUUUCUCAUUUGAAUGUUAUAAUUUUAGCGUAGUCACGUCAGUCACAUCACAAAACACAUUUGACAACAUGUAAAAAUAAAGUAAUAUUUAGAAAAUUAUAUAAAUAAAGGUGAA